AUGGCCUCAAAACAGCUUAUUGGCUCCUAUGUGCACAUACGCGAGAAGCCGCGGGAGCAGCAUGCCCUCCUGAUGCUGCGCAAAAUCGCGAGCCUGGUCAAACCGAUCAUGGUGAAGCGUGGAUUCACCGUCGGCUGUCUGGCAGAGUUCUAUCCCGCGCAACAUAAUCUGCUCGGGCUGAAUAUCGACCGCGGGCGCAAGAUCUGCAUCCGGCUGCGCCAGCCCUACGACGAGAACACGUUUCUGGCGCUUGAAGACUGCGUGUACACCAUGCUCCAUGAACUUACACACAACCUCCAUGGCCCGCACGACGAGGUGUUCCAUGCGUACCUCAAGGGGCUCGAAGACGAAUACAUAGCCGCCCGCAUAGCCGGAUACAACGGCGAAGGGUUCUGCUCCGAGGGGAACCGCCUCGGCGCCGGAAGAGCGCCGAGGCCGUCCACCAUCGCCGAUGCCCGCCGGCGGGCGUUGGCUGCGGCCGAGAAACGACGUGUCCAGACCACGGGGUCUACGCAGCGGUUGGGCAGCGGCAGUGCUCCGGCGAAUCCUCAUGCACCGGAGACGAUGAGGGAGCGGAUUGCGAGCGCGGUGCUCAAGAGAAUCAGGGCGCCGAGAUCGUGCGGGGGCGAGACUGGAGGCAGGGAUAGGGGGCGGAUCGAGGAGGACGCGGAAAGGGCUAUCAGGAAUGGCUUCCGGACACAGGCGGAGGCGGAUGAGGCGGACGAGGCGGCGAUUCUGCAGGCGGCGAUAGAGCUGAUUGAGAUUGGGGAGCGCGAGGAGGAGGAGAGCAGGAGGAGGCGGUGGUUGGAGCAGGAUGGGUAUGUCUGGAUUGACGAUGAGGAGGAGCCAAUACAUGUCCCGGUGCCUGCGGCGAGAGUGCCGGAUGCGGGGGCUAGGCACCCGCGCUCGAGACCGUCGGGUUCCGGGCGGAGCAGGGGUAGUAGACAUGCACCGAUCGACCUCGAGCGCCCAGCAUCACAUCAGAACAGGCCAAGCGAACGUACAUGGACCUGUAAUCUCUGCACACUUAUAAACCCCAUAUCGCUCCCCAACUGCGAUGCCUGCGGCGUGCAGCGAACAGAACAACAAGAAGAAAUCCAGAUACUCGAUGCCCCACCAGUCCCAAGUAGAAGUGCCAGGCCGCCAGGAGGACUGCGGAGAUCGGCGUCGGCCAGGAAGAGGGAGCGGGUGAGGUUUGGCAUCAAUCCGGUGACGCCGGCGAGGAGGAUGUGGGACUGCGGGAAUUGUAGAGGCACGAACGAUGUGGAGUGGCCGGCGUGUGCGGGAUGUGGCGUGGUGAGGGUGAGGGUUGGGCUUAGAGGGGCUUAG